UUGUUUUAAUUUUAAAUAUAUUUCUAGACUUUUUAUUUUUCUGUAAAUAUAAAAGUAACAAUUAUGCCGCGUCAACCUUAUAUUUCAAAGGCUAAAAUUAAAAUUGAUCCACAUAAACAUGAUGAUCAAAUCAAAAGUAUUGAAGAAGCUCAUCAGGAAACAGCACGUUUAGCUGAAAUGGAAGCCGAAAAUGCAGAUAUUGAAGAGGCGAGCUAUGAAGAAGAGGAGGAACUUGAAGACUUAAAAAUUGAGACCGUUCAAAACGAAGAUUCUCGUCAAGUUGGACGCAUUGAUUUAUCAUUUCCUGAAACUGUUGAAGAAUUUAAGGAUUCUAUUCACUGUUACCCUCCUUCCUACUAUACUCUAUCAGCUAAAGAACGGCUUCUGUUAUUAUAUGCAGAAAAUUUUAGACACCAGUUUGUUAUUAACAAUUCGAAUAGACGUCCGCUAGUUUUGGCCCUACCCAAUGAAUGUAAUGUACAGAAAUUCGUUUGUACCACAAUACGACCUUCAUCAUUUCUCCAUAAACCUUUAAUUAGAAAUGCGGAAGAGUGUGCCAGUUUCGUUGCAGAUUUCAUUAUUUACGAACCUCUGGAUGAUAUGAUGAGUUUUCAUUAA